CCGCCGCAGCCCGGCGCCGCACCGCCCCUCCGCCGGGCAGCGGCCCCCAACAUGGCGGCGCCCAGGGGGCUUCAGGCGCCGCGUGAGGGACGGCCAAUCCUGCGGCUGGAGAUGGGCGGGGAGGCGGGACUUACGUGACUGACAGAGACAUCAGCCAAUGGGAGAGCAGCGCGAUGAGCUGUGGUGAGGCGCUCUGUGCUCUCGGGCUGUGCCCGGAUCGGGGUCCCGCGGGCGGCCGCCGCUUCCUGAGGGUGCUGUGCCUCAGGGAGGGAGCCCGGGACACCGCCAGCACCUCCCGCUCGGUGGCACCAGCUGCUGUGGCGCUGGCUGUUCCGUGCCCAGCUCCGUGAGGGCUCAGGGGCCUCAGAUGGAUGUGGCCCCGAGUCCCCUCAGCCCCAGUGCUGUGAGGGCAGCAUCGCUUGUGGCGGCCCUGGGGGACAGAGCACCGCGACCCCCAGGGCAGAGCUCUGUGAGGGCACCGCGGGCCGGCUGGAAACAGCGCUUCUCACGGCCUCAUCCUCCCCAGCGCCCCUCAUCGCCCCAGCCUCGCACGGGGGCUGCUCGCUGCUCCCAGCAGCUGCAGAGGAAGACCUUGGUGGUUCUGUAUUUCCUUCGUGCCCCUCAAGGGAGUGGGGAGCUCCUGAGGGGCUCUGCAGCCUCCCUGCUGCUGUGGACAUUGUGUAGUGCCUGGUGUAGCUGCUGCUGAUGCAGGGCACCCUGUUGUUAACAGCAGCAUUGUCAUUUCCUGCUCGCUCUUCUCCUUGGCAGAGAGCACCGUGGAAUGUGGCUGUGGAGCUGGAAGGGAUUCUGGUAGGAAAGCACCUCUGUGGAGUCAGCAGAAAGCAAGACAUUAACCUUUAGUUCCACCAGCACUACAGCUGGGAACAGGGGGAAGGCACGUCUUGCUUCAGAAGGUCUUGGCUUUAUCUGUGCCAGGAAACGUGAGAACCAGAAUAGACAUGAAAAGGAAGGAAAUAAACAAGUACACAUGGUUUUAUGCAGUUGUGAAAGGAGAGAUGAAGAUUCAAAUGCAGGCAGGAACUGAACAUCAGAAAGAGCAUGGGAAGAGAUGCUGAGGUCCAGAGGGGAGAACAAGAGGGAUACAGAACCUCUCACUUGUCAUUCUCGCGGAUCUUGUGCCAUCUUAUCAGCAAAUGUGCUGGUGUUGCUGCUUUCUCGUGUGGGCUGGUUUACAGAUGAGACCUCAGCUUCAGCCAGGCAGUUCCACUGGCUGGUGGAGCAGAGCUCCAGUGAACAGCCUUUCCUCUGGAGACACGUGUGUGCCCAGCACGGUGUGGAGGGUUACUGUGGAUCUGAUAGAAACUAAAGGGGAGGAAAUGGCAGCUGGCAGGAGGCUGUGCUCUGGGUGUGAAGAGGAAGAGUGGUGGCUGGCAGUGGGGAGCAGCAGAGAUUGCACCCACAGCGGCUGGGGGACAGAGGGGCCUGCACCUGCUGGCUGCUGUCCCUUUGGUGGCACGGGUGACACAAGCUGUGUCUGUCUGCUGGAUGUUCGUGUCCCUCGUGCCGGAGGUGGCAGGGAAACACAGGGGAGUGGCAAUGAAGUGACAGGAGCUGGGUCCUGGUGGCCAGAGUCGGGGCAGGGCUCUGCAGGUACAUCCCACAGGCAGAGCACUCUGAUCAAGCCCAUCCCUAAGUCAAACCGCAAGUCCCUGCGGGUGGCAGGGUGUGUGUGUCCCCACCUGGGCUCAGCAGGAGCACCUCCGAUCAGCAGAUGGGUGUGGACAUCCCCCCUGCCGUGCCGCAGCGCCGCUUCCUCCAGGGGCUCCGUUCCCGGUGUGAAACAAAGCAGGCGUGGGGAGGUGGUGCCGCAGGAAGCUGGGGAAGUGGCAGGAGCCGCUGGGCAGGGCCCUGGUGGAGUGGGGAUGGCCAUCAGCAGCUCCCGGGGCAUUACUCAGGUCUCAGGGCCGAGUAUGUGGUCAGGAUGAAACCAGAGGAGGAAUCAGAGAAGAGAGGAGAUAAGAACUGGGCUGAGGCAAGAGAAGGGGAAGAGAGGGGAAGUCUGAGCACAGAGGAAACUGCCUGGCCCAGUGGUGCAGGGGUGAGGUCCCAGCAAGGCUUCAGCUGCCCUGGGCUGAGCAGUGACCCCGCAGUGCAGGGAGAGACAGAGGCUCCGGCCGAUCCCACCAGGCACCAGCACGGUCAGCAUGAGGCUGCUGGGAAGCAUGGAGCCCUGGCUGGCCAGCACCUUUCUGCCCCUGCUGCUCCUCACCUGGCUGCCAGUUGGAACAGCCAGUCAGAUGCUAAAGCCAGUCUCCACUGUGCACAUCGAGAUUGGUUUGGAGAAUCUCACAGUGCAGGUGAAGUGGUACAAUUCUGAAUGUCUGGAGAAGGAGAAUCAAACCAACACUGUGAUUCUGGGAGAAAACUGUAUGAAUUUCACCAGCUCAAGCCUGUGUACAGCCCACACAGGAAUCUGUGUGUCUGGGGUCUUCUUUACAACACCUAACUCAACAAAUGCUGGAAAUCAAACCAACACUGUGUUUGUGGGUGAAAACUGUAGGAAUUUCACCAACUCAAGCCUGUGUACAGCCUGCACAGGAAUCUGUGUGUGUGGGGUCUUCAUCACAAGACCAAACUCGACAGACACUGGGGACAGCACACAAGCAGCAUAUCUCAGUAAGUGGCAGUGGGUCUGUUUCCAUGGGGGAGAGGAGUGGGCAGAGCAGGACACUGCCUCCAGCACUCCUCUGGUUCUUCCAUGCUUUGCUUCCUCUCAAAGCAUCCUGAGAACUGGAGGAGCCAACCCAGCACAGCAGCUUUUGGCAGAUUCAUCCCACCAUGGGAUGGGGAGAUGGAGCUGGGGGGGACAGACCAUGGGCUGUUGGUUCUUUCCUAGGACCUGCCAUAUUCUCCAGCUGCAGCACAUCAGCCAACCACUGACAUGGCUGGAGCUGUGGUGGCAGGAAGGGGACAGCCAGGACUGUUGGGUCAAGUCUCCUGCUCCAAAGCAGAGCAGGGUGCAGGGUGUUCUCUGCCUCUGGACAGUCUUUCACUCGUGUUUCUGCCUUUCAGGCUGUGGCUGUGCAGGACCUCAGACUGGUGUCACAGGAAAGAUCUGGACAGGACUCAACCUCCUCCUGUGCACCCUCCUGGGCUUAGCGGUCGGGACGCUCCUUUACAUGCCGGUAAUUGCCUUCCUGCUGUGGCAGCGCAGAAGGGACAGAACAGGAGAGCUCAUGAGUGGGGAAGUGACAGAGGGGAAUCAGGCGAGUACGGCAGCCCCAGUGACAGGGACUGAGGAUCUGACCUAUGCCAACCUGAAUUUUGAAAAGAAGGGGACAGGAUCUGCCUCCUCCAAUGUCAUUUACACUGAGAUCAAGCCAUUGCAACAGAAGCAGAGUCGUGGGGAUGGCAGUGCUGCCUGCACAGAGGUGGAUGUCUCUCCCAAGGCAGAGGGCAAGUGAGGGAGGUGAGCAGCUUGUUAUCCACCUUUUCGGUCAUCCUCCUCAAAAGCCAGGUGUUAGCUCAUACAGCAGUGCAGUCUUGGGGACCAAAGACACCUAUUAUCCCUGAGUGGCUGCAGAACCCUGCUUUAUGUUCCCCUGAAGAAGCCAUGUCUCACAGUGAGGACAGGGCUCUUGAGCCCGUGUUCCCUUUGCCUUCUGCAGCUCCAAGCACUGCCAAGCCUCAGCAACUAUUUUCACUGUCUCCAGUUGCUGACAGGCUCCUCUAGCUGCUUGUUCCAUGUUCAGGAAUGGCACUGUACACUGUGUGGCCAGCAUGGUGUCUAGGAAGAGUUUGGUCCUGGAUGUGCUGGAUGGCACGUGCUGGCCAUGAGAAGUCUUAUAACAAUAUUCUGGAUUUUCUCUGGAGCAGGCACCUGCCGUGAUGAGGGGUGACCUUGGUUUCAUUCACUCACUUGAAACAUGGGGCAAGGAUGGAAAAGCAUUGCUUGCUUCACAGAGAUGCUGCUGCAGUGAUGCACAUGGGUCUGCUUUGUGCUGGGAAUAAAUAGGUGUUUUUGCUGGUUUGGUGGUGAAUACCCUUCUCAUGGGUAGUGCACUCUCUUCUGUACUCUUUUAUUGGUAAUGUUGUGUUUAUUGUGAGUUUUUCAGUAAAACUGUGAUUCCUACA